GAAAUUGUUGUUAACUUGAUACUUUGGACAUAACAAUGGAGGGCCAAGUACAGAUCCCAUCAGGAAAUGUUGAUACUAGCUUCUGCUUGGAUAUGGCAUUCCAUAUUUUUCUGAAAGAAGCUGACGGCGCAUCAAACUUUGUGUUCUCGCCUUUUUCGUUCCAUUGUAUGUUGGGCCUUGUUGCUGUAGGCUCAAGUGGGUCUACCCUGGAGCAGCUGCUUUCAUUUCUAAAACUGAAAAGCCUCGAUGAGCUGAAAUCUUUGGCUUCGCAGGCUAUCACUUCUGUAUUAUUGCCAUCAAACUGGAGCGAGGACCAAACCGGAAGUCCAAUCGUGUCAUUUGUCAAUGGUGCUUGGGUGGAUCUAAGUUAUCGUUUGAAGCCUUCCUUUCAGGAGGUGGUGAAAGGCGUUUACUGUGCUACAACCAAAGAGGGUGACUUUGUAAAUGAGGCUAAUCAAGUGUUGAAUGAUAUUAAUUCGUGGGUGGAGACUGAAACCAGAGGAAUCAUCAAAAACCUUCUCCCUUCGAAGUGUUUGGGCGAUGAUACAGCUUUAGUCCUUGCAAAUGCACUCUACUUCAAAGGAACAUGGGAUCGGAAAUUCGAUGCAUCAAAAACUAAAUAUAAUGACUUCCAUCUUCUUGGUGGACAGAUUGUUCAAGUUCCUUUCAUGACCAGCAAGAGAUACCAGAGACAUCUUUAUGGAUGCUUUGAUGGCUAUAAGAUUCUCAAAAUUCCCUACCAAAAUGAUCAAGACACCAGGCAAUUCUCCAUGUACUUCUUUCUUCCAGAAGCAACAGAUGGCUUGCACAGUCUGAUUCAAGUAUUCAAAUCCAGCCCUGAACUCUAUACUAUGCAAUUCAAGUUACGAGAAGAGGAUCUUCCUGAGUUUUGGAUUCCAAGAUUUAAGUUCUCAUUCAAGUUUGAAGCCUCAAAAACUAUGAAGGAAUUGGGACUGGAACUACCUUUCAAGGCAGUUGGAGAACUGUCGGAGAUGGUUGAUUCUGCUAAGUCCCUGUUCUUGUCAAAUGUAUUUCAUGCGUCCUGUAUUGAGGUUAAUGAAGAAGGCACGGAAGCAGCAGCUAGUACUGCUCCAAGAUUGAUUAGACAAAGUCGCCGGUUGAAUCCUCCAAGUUUUGUAGCUGACCAUCCUUUCUUAUUCUUGAUCAGGGAGGAGAAAUCAGGAAUGACAUUCUUCAUCGGAGCUGUGAUCAACCCUCUCUUGGUGUCCUGAAAUGUAGCCAGGACAACGCUUCAGAAAAGAAGCUUAACCACUCUAAUAUGGUAAAAAUAGUAUAUGGAUCUUGCUUUUCUAUCAAUUGCAGUCAACUGUUACGGCGCAAUCUGUGAACUCAUUGCAAUUUCUGAAUGCUGCCAGGUGCAUUGCCUUGUUGUGAAUGGAAAUAUUACUUUGUUGAACCGCAAUUUCUUUGUAGAUAAUUCGGUAGUCUAUGAGAACAGCUUGUCUGAUAAACAGGCCACUUGAACUC